CCUGAAUCCAUCCCAAUUCACUCAAUAGACGGAAGGAGACAAUGAAUGAACCUGCAAAAUCUGCAACCAUGACAGGAUGGUCCAGACAACGCCAAUCUUUGCUCAAAACACACUCCCUGAUUCAUAGGACACCCGGCCAAGCCGACUAACUCAACCAGACAAUGCCCUCCGGCUACUUUCCUCUCAGCCACAGCCAUAACACUGCGUCAGCCUUAUAUUCACCAGAAUAGAAACAAGGCUGUCUUCUUUAUAUCGGCAUAUAUGACUUACGUUGAUUUAACCCCAGCUUUCCCAUCAGACUACCGAAUACCGUACCCACCCCGCAAAAACAGAUAAGCAAACACCACGCGAUCACGAUCAACGCAAUGCCUCUUCGCGAGAUCCUACAGAAGAAGGAUGAUAUCCAUUACAAUACAAACGGCCAGUAUGCGACUGGCAUGUCCACGCCCAUGAGCCCUCCUGGCCCUGCUGUGCCCGAGAUCAGGUUCGUCGCAUCCGACACCAACACUUCCGACGAAGUCAUCACCAGCCCCGUCAUCUUCGAUGAGGAUGACUACGACAGAAGACUCGAUCCCUCGCGGCCUUCCUCAGCAUCCUCCUCCUCACCCCGGAAAUCUAUGAACUUCCUUCGCCGAUCGUCACACUCUCCAUCCAACGAAUUCUCGACCGAGGCUACGACGUUAGCGUCUCCAACGUCCCCAACUGGUCGGCCCCGACGGUUGUCACAAUUACUGCAUCUUGACCGGAGCGGUUCAAGAAGUCCGAGUCCCGUUUCCGCGCAUAUACCGGCUGAUUUGCCGCAGGUUGAUGAUGGGCCGGGGGAUGCGCAGGAUAGGGAGGCGCAGUGGGAGAAGAGGGCUACGGUUUUGGUUCAGAAUCCGAAGUUUAUGGGUGGGUUAUCGCCGAGUUCGUCGUUUUAUGGUGAUCAGUCGGGGUCGUCGUUGGGUUCGGGGACGAGGUCGAGGAGUUCCAGUCGAGGGGCGGUUGAUUCCACUGGAGACGUUGAUAUUCAAGAGGCAAUUCGUCUUCAUGAGGCUGGGGAACUAGAAGCCUCCACCAAGAUGUUCGGCCAACUAGCAGACCCAAACGGCACCAACCACGCCCUAAGCCAGGUCCUCUUUGGUCUUGCCCUACGACACGGCUGGGGCUGUCCCCAAGACCCCUCGCGUGCAAUCACCUACCUCUCCGCCGCAGCCUCCAACUCCGCAAGCAUAGAGUCCGAGGCCCUCCAGGCGGGUUACAAAAAAGGCGGUGCAGCGAAAGGCGAGCUCGUUCUUGCCAUAUUCGAAUUGGCGAAUUGCUUUCGCAACGGUUGGGGCGUGGCUAAGGAUCCAGUCGCGGCGAGACAGUACUUUGAGACGGCAGCGAAUCUGGGGGAUACAGAUGCAAUGAACGAAGCUGCUUGGUGUUACUUGGAGGGGUUUGGGGGGAAGAAGGAUAAGUUCAUGGCAGCCAAAUACUACCGACUCGCUGAAUCUAAAGGAAACAAAAUAGUUGGGAAUUCCUGGAUCUGGAAAGAUAAAUAUAAUCCGAAAUAGUAGUACGGGCUAUGCUCCCAUGGACCAUAACCCAUGACCCAUAACUCAUGGAUC